AUGGACUGUAUUGUGCUCAGCGACUUACGGAUUCAGCUACUGGGUGGGCUUGACGGAAUAAUGGGCGUGAUGGUUCGAAAACAGAACCUGAAGCGGAUGGGUCUGCUUCUGAGUGACGGCCCAGAUUGUCGCUUGCUGCCAUUCAAGCAUUUCCCGAAGAAAGAUGUACUGCAGGAGAUAGCGAGCAGGGGAAACGAAUCUGACUGGACUGACCAUAAAACCGUUAUUAAGGCCUAUCCAUUGGAUAAGCUGCUAUUGGUUCGCGAUGACCCAGGCAACUACGGAGCAAACUACUUGAUGCCUUUCAGCGAGAUGGCCUACCAAGCUGUCCACGAAGCAGUGUUGGCAGCCCAGGCUGAUGCGAUUGCUACCAAAGAAGAGGAGGUGAAGCGGCAGCUGCUGUCGGACGGGGAGGCGAAUAUAAGAUUGAGAAAUGAGGAGUUUGAUGCUCCUCAAAGCCCUCGUCAGUGGCAGUCAGAGACAUCCGCAAUCACUGCUGCUGAAAUAGCGGCGAUGACAAUUAAAACAAAGCGAGCCCUUCUCAAACAAACUGUAAUCAAAGAUGGGCACACUCUAAACGUCACGGCACCUGUACAACCCUUCACAGGCCAGCCGCUACUGCUAAGAGCACCCAAAGUCAGUGUGGUACCACCGAAAGCUAUAACACUUUACAAGCUGAGCAUAGACGUCCUGCUUUCUUGUGUUGCCCAAUCUAUUGCCGUCCAGGACUCGUUAAGUGUAGACCUCAAACAGGAGCUCGAAUUCGGGAUUCAAGCUGUUCCACCAACAGCAGAACGGUGCUGCCAAGCAGCAGGAUUGACAGUGAAGGCAGUGGAGAUGCAGCACGACUCAAGUGCCCUAUCAAGGAAGGCUGGCGUCUCUACCUUUACGUCUCGCAAGAACCUUAAGACAUUUUUUUCAGCAGUAGAGUCCAUGAUGGAGGAAGCACUGCAGCAAAACGAAGCUGUUGAUGUUUUAAAAGAGGAAUAUAUGCCCUUGGAAGAAUCUGGAAAUGCUGAAGAGCAUGUAAAAGUAAAGGACAGUAUCAGGGAAGCGUUUACCUUCAGCGACCUUUUGCACUCAAAGAACAAAGUCAUUUCCUCCGUUCGAUGGGUUCCGGAGUCAGGCGCUCUGAUUGCUUGCGCCAUCAUGGAAGCGAGCUCAUUUGAUGAGCGUGUUGAGUCUCAAUGGCAUUCAGGGAAGUCUCUUAUCUUGAUAUGGUCUCUGCAGGAACCGCUUGCUCCCCAGCACAUCUUUGAAGCCCCGGCGGUACGCCAAACUGAAUUGAUAGUUCAGUUGUACGAAUUGUCGUCGUUGCUUUCCUCAGCAAUCGAUUAUUCUCACAAGAGACCAGUGCAGCACAUAAAACCGCUGCCUGCUUCUCUUGACUUCAGGCGCUCAUUGGCCAUUUACUUCAAUCCAAAAGCGGAAAGCACGCAUGUUCUUUCCUGUGGAGCGGAUGGAGGUAUUUUUGUGUGGGACAUUGCCACUGCAGUGGCAAAUGCAGAGCAUGCAGAGUUCCUCUGGAAGCCAGUACUCCAAUGCCAAUUGCGCAAACAAGACACAGCACUUCCCAGUAGGCCUACAGCACGUUAUUCUUCCUCCUGCUGCAAAAUAAGGGCAGUAGUGCAGAGUCGUGUUCUUGGUUUGAUGGCCAGCGAUAUAAGGUCAAAGCUUGACAUCAAUGUAACUGCAACUCAUGCUGCCACUGACGCUGCUCCUUCAGCCACACGCUGUUUCCGUCCGUCCAGGGCAUUUCAAUUGUCUCCGUUUUUGCCGCAAAUAGCCGUUUUGGUGACUGAAUUUGCUUUUCACAUUUUGAGCAUGUGGCAUAUUGCUCUCAGUGGUGUUAGAACACCAGCGUUUGCCUUACGAACGAGCAAAGGCAGGAAGCUGGGAGCUUGGCACGACUAUUGCCUACAUGAUACGGCUGCGUUCCCUUAUCCCACCUCAAGUUACUCUUGCGGAGCUUGGAGCGCCUCUCGGCCUGGUGUGCUGUUCAUCGGUAGAAUCGAUGGCAGCCUGGAGGUCUGGGAUAUCAGAGACCAGCUUCAAAAACCUAUAGCUACUGCUCCUGUCUCUGCAGCUCAACUGACUGCCUUGGCAUUUCCUGAUCUGAGGCAGCAAGAGCAUCAGCAUCAGCCAAAGGGUGACCGUGGCCGUAGAAAAUCAAGGAAUUUUUCUAGACAUGUACUGGCGACAAAGAUGGCGGAGGCACCCUUCGUGCCCAAUCCUGCUUUUAGCUACCUUGCAGUUGGCGAUGCAGUAGGAAGCCUACGAGUUCUCCGGCUAUUGCCCAGUCUCAGCACACCUUAUCCAGAGGAGUUGUCAAACAUUUCAACGAUGCUGCUAAACGAAGACGAACGGCUGGACUACUUAAAUUUUCGCAAGCCUAUUCAUGCAAAGGUGAUCAAAGCUAUAUAUAAAGCAUGGUUUAGCUUUUUGCUUACUAUUUACAUUAAAGACUACCUCUAA